AUGCGAGGCCUAGUUGUUCUGGAUGUGCGAUACGUCCCACUUGAAGGCAUCGGCACGCCAAUGCCCGAGCAAGGAAAAGGCGUCAUGGUACCCACUCAGGCACUUGUUCAUGAUGGGUCAAUUGAUUAUCCCAGCAGGGAGAUCCAGGACCCAUUACCUUGCACCUGUUGUACGCUCUUCCAGACGAUUAUCUGUGCUCGACUGGCUUUAUCGAGUAAGCCUGUCCUCCGCGGGUUCUAUGGCACCCAAUUGGAGUGUGUGAAGCGGCUGAAGGUUCACUACGAAAUCCGCGGACAAGUACAGUAUGCGGAGGCUGGUGAACACGCGCCUUCAGUGCAUCCGUUGGAGAUAUGCUGGUCUUUGCCGCCUGUCGUGCUUUGCUUCAACGAAUCCACGCCUAUCUUGACGACUGCAUCCUACUUGCAUGCCAUUCUCCGCAUUGUCGGAUUGGUCUUCCAAUGCACCCGUGCUCUAACUUUGACAUACGAGGCUCCGGAUGGCGUAAUUUUGCAUGGAAUCCGUAUGUCUUUUGCGAACUACAUUGCUGUCGAAUUUAGCGCAAGUGUGGUCAUAUUCGCGGACGUCCCUGACAAUGACAAGUUUUCGCCUUUUUAG